CGUGUGGUCUGCCUUUGCUGGCUGACUUUUCAUCGGCUGCAAACUGUGAACUGCUCUCGGUCUGAACCUGCUUGUUGAUCGCCCCGUGCGGCUGAUUAACAAACCGCCGGUUUAUUAUUAGCUCGGCUGGCACCGCGGGGCGGCUUCGACUCGACGCGAGAAGUCGUCGUUAAGCGACCGACACCGCGUCGCGGCGGCGUUUAUGUCGCGUUUGGAACGCCGAGAGGCUUUUUCUUCCCCCUCCAAUGUAGCUCGGUUGCUAACAGCGUCGCGAUCGCAUCGUUUUCACUGCGCCUUUUUCUUCCCCUUUCUUUGUGUUCUCUCCCACCCACCCCCAAGCUUGCCGGAUAACCAUCGCGGUAGGCGGUGCGAGUACCGUAAGUGUCGGAAAAAGGGAUUGAGGAUUCAUCCCGAGGCUGUCAAGCGGGCUCACCCCCUCCACCCCCGGUGACCGAGCGAAUUAAUGGCCGGAAAUCCGAGGAGGGGCGCGGGUCUCAUCGGCUUGAUGAAGGACGCCUUUCAGCCCCACCAGCAGCCCAUGCAGCCCCACCAGCCCGCCGUGGUGGACAAGAAAAUGGUGGAGAAAUGCUGGAAGCUCAUGGAUAAGGUGGUACGCUUGUGCCAGAACCCCAAGGUGGCACUGAAGAACAGCCCACCGUACAUCCUGGACCUGCUGCCUGACACCUACCAGCACCUGCGCACCAUCCUGUCACGCUACGAGAGCCGCAUGGACAUGCUGGGCGAGAACGAGUACUUCCGCGUGGUCAUGGACAACUUGACCAACAAGACGAAGCAGACCAUGAGCCUGUUCAAGGAGGCCAAGGAGAGGAUGUACGAGGAGAACUCGCAGCCCAGGCGAAACCUCACCAAGCUGUCGCUCAUCUUCAGUCACAUGCUGGCCGAGCUCAAAGCCAUCUUCCCCAACGGCCUGUUCCAGGGGGACAACUUCCGCAUCACCAAAGCCGACGCCGCCGAGUUUUGGAGGCGCUCCUUCGGGGACAAGACCAUUGUGCCAUGGAGGACGUUCCGCCAGGCGCUGCACGAGUUCCACCCCAUCAGCUCGGGCUUGGAGGCCAUGGCGCUCAAGUCCACCAUCGACCUCACCUGCAACGACUACAUCUCCGUCUUUGAGUUCGACAUCUUCACCAGGCUCUUCCAGCCGUGGUCAUCUCUAUUGCGGAACUGGAACAGUCUUGCCGUCACACACCCGGGCUACAUGGCCUUCCUGACGUAUGACGAGGUCAAGGCGCGCCUGCACAGGUUCAUCCACAAGCCCGGCAGCUACAUCUUCAGGCUAAGCUGCACGCGGCUGGGCCAGUGGGCCAUCGGCUACGUGACGGCGGACGGCAACAUCCUGCAGACCAUCCCUCAUAACAAGCCUCUGUUCCAAGCGCUCAUCGACGGCUACAGAGAGGGAUUCUACCUAUUCCCAGAUGGCCGCGCGCAGAACCCAGACCUAACGGGCCUGUGCGAGCCUUCCCCGCAAGACCACAUCAAAGUUACCCAGGAGCAGUACGAGUUGUACUGCGAGAUGGGCUCCACGUUCCAGCUGUGCAAGAUUUGCGCCGAGAACGACAAGGACGUCAAGAUCGAGCCGUGCCGACACCUGAUGUGCACUUCCUGUCUGACUGCCUGGCAGGAUUCCGAGGGUCAGGGCUGCCCCUUCUGCCGCUGUGAGAUUAAAGGGACCGAGCCCAUCGUGGUGGACCCCUUCCAUCCCAAAGCCAGCGGGGGGGCUUUCGCCGGCUUCCAGGGGGGAGCCGGCCGGGCCGAGGCGGCCGCCAACGACGAGGAUGACGACGAGCGUCUGGAGGACCAGAACCUCGUCAUGAGCAGGCUGGCCUGCAGCAAGGUGGAGCGCCCGCCAUCUCCCGUGUCCCAGCUGCCGCCCGUCCCGCCCCGGCUGGACCUCCUUCAGCAAAGACCCUCGAACUCACACAGCCAGCUGGUCCAAGGAGCCUGCGCUAAGAUGGGGGCCACACACAGGGACAAGCCCCUCCCAUUGCCACCGGCACUGCGAGAGCUACCGCCGCCGCCUCCCCCGGAGCGCCCUUCCCUGGCGGCGUCGGACUCGAGGCUACAGAGGAGACCCCUGCCCUCGACGCCCGACACGCCCGCUUGGGCCGCCAACUAUAUGGUGCCGCGGCCCGCCUGCAAGGCGCCCGCUAAUGCGCUUCCCGCCACACCUCAGAGCGGCGGUGCCAGCGGCGGCGCCGAGGCAGGCAAGCCCAACGUGGCCACCAACGCCAUCUACUGCCUGGCCGCCAGGUCGCUGCCAACGUCAGCCGUUUCCAGCAGGGAGAAGUUGCCCACCGACUGCGAAGAGAACGAGUACAUGAGUCCCACCUCCCUCCCGGCAUCCGGCGCCCCGUGGAUCAUCGCUGGCUCUUUGGUGCCACCGCCUCCACCUCCCAGUCAGGCAAACCAUAAUGACGUCAGCGGUGACGGUCUCGACGUGGACUCGGCCGACCCUCAGGUGUACGAGGCUAUGUGUAACAUCCAGGCACAGGCUGCCGCCUCGGAGGCCCUCGAUCACGAGCGUCCUCAGCACUCCUCCUCGGCGGUCUACCAGGCCAAGUCCAUGGAAGGCUCCUUGGAGGACACUUACGAGUACGACUGCCCUCGCCCGCUAGCCCCUCCGGCGCCCGCCCGGCGGGCUCUGGCGGACGUCAACGGUCCUUCCAAAGCCUUCAGCACGCUCAGCAUCGACGGAGCCGUAGAAGCCAGUUUGUAUGCAGCCGGCAUGGACCCCGAGCGCCCACCCAAACCCCUCCCGCGUCGCGCCAAUUCAGACCGGCGGGUUCGGCCGCUGAACCGCGAACCCCCCUCAGCUUCGCCGGAGCAGCCCCCACGACCCUCCUCCUCGCACACGCCACCGCCCCCCUCGGCGGCCAGCGGGGUGCUGAGCGGGGAGAUCGAGUGCCUGAUGUCUCAGGGCUAUUCCAUCCAGGACAUCCAGAAGGCGCUGUUGAUCGCCAGGAACAACCUGGAGACGGCCAAGAACAUCCUACGAGAGUUUGUGUCCGUGCCCUCGGCCGCGCACAUCGCCACAUAAAUCCCGUCGCGACCCCCUGCGCCUCGUGCCAUCGUCGCUACUGUCGGUUGCCUCCGAACCUUUCCGCGCUUUGUCCCACACGGAAAACCCCAAAAGCCUUCAAAUGUUCGUGAAAGCGUACGUCGUUACCACUCAAGGGACCAUGUCGACUCAAUGUGACCCCGACACCCCCCGCCGCUAGCUGCUUGUGUCGUACCAUUUACGUGGCCACGUGCGGUCCAAAUGAAUCUUUGUCACAAUAAUACUAAUAAUGAUGUCGUACGAACAGUUUGACCGUGGUUCUACAUAGGGAUGGGCCGUUGGCGCUAAAUCGUAGCAAAUCGUAUUUGUUUGUGCACUCCAUUUUGGCAGGCUGAAUCAAUAGCAUGUCAUUGACCUUUACCUCCUUUAAUAGUUUUCCGGUAGCCUUUUUAAAGGACAAACGAUACCAUCGGGUUCAUAUUUUUAACCACCUAGUUUAUUUUUGUGUUUACUCUGCAGCCUAUUUAGGCAUCCAUUUUUUUUCCCGUGACAUUGAAUUAUACUUCCUGUUUUGUUUGUACUACAGCCAGUUUAGGCUGUAACUACGGCAUCACAUUCACUACCUGUUUCUAUAUUUUCGACAAGCCUGUUUAGGCGGAAAUCUGAGCAUCAGAUCUACUUUUACCUCCUGCUUCUGUUCAUUCUGCAGCCCAUAUGCGUAUAAACGACAGCCCUUUUUCCAUUUGUUCCGCAGCCCAGUUCAGCACCAAUUUUCUUUUACUUCCUGUUUCUACUCGUUACGCAACCCUUUCAAGGCAACAACGAUAGCAUCACACGCACUUUUACUUCGCGUUUGCCCAUCCCUAAUUGCACAUGUCAACCCAGCCCUACGACGAGUUUGUCGUUUCAACGCUAAACCACGCAAGGGUUAUUGUCCUCGCCUUGAGCUUCUCGCAGCUUUGAACCGUUUCUGACUAAAAAGCACCAACAGUAACCGAGACGCUAAGACGAAAGAAGAGCGAACACAUUCCAAUCCCGAUGUGGAGCGUUUUAGCGUCGAAUUUACUUGGAUGGCUCACGUCAGGUGUCUGUUAAGUAACGUCUGUAAAUGUGCCUUUUGGCAGGUUGGCUCGCCAUUUUGGGAGACUUUCUUCCUCCAGUAGUCACAGAUGGUAUUAUGAAAAGAGAUUAAGAUUCUAUACUUAAAUGCUAGUACUAAAGAAUCAUUGUCUUGGGACUGAUGUGACGUUAUGUGUUAGCACAUUGACUUAAGAUUAUGAAUUGUCACAUUUAAGGCCUUAAGGAGGACUUUUAAACGUGGUACAUUUUUUGGGGUGGAGCUCCACUGGAGGGACUUUGCAUGAUCAGCGCUUUAUCUUCUGUCUUGAAACUUUUACGUGCCUGUCUCUUGAAAGAAAGGUACGCUCCCCUACUCUCAUUCGAUUGGUCAUCUCAAACGAGCUUCAUUUAGAAGACAGGAAAGGUUGCUGAAAUAUAUGUCUUUUAACUCGCCUUUUUUUCUUGACAACUCGCCUACUAAAAUGUUUGUUGCUGCUUUGUUGCCAUCUUCAUGUAAAUAUGAUUUAUUUAUUGUCUUCUUAAUAUCCUCGGCGUUCGUUGUGUUGCCAUGUUUUCAUGCCCAAGCCAUUAAGAUUUUUAAUUAAACAGUAUUUUCUUUAAAA